UCUGGGUUGGCUGGGGUUUUGCUCAGUGCCUUCCUCUCUCCCUCCCUCUCACCAUCCCUCACUCCCUCCCUUGCUCACUCACUCACUCUGUCUUCACUGUUUUGCUCCCUCCCUCCAUCUCUGCUUCCAGGCCCUGCUGUCACCCCAGCUGCCAGGAUGGGGAUAUGGUCCUCCCACCUGUACUUGGUGUCCCCUGAGAAGCUGGAAGAUGUGCAGAGCUCCCUGAGGCCCCCCGAGGACUCUGCAAGGCUCAAAUAGAAGACCCUGGGCGGCCUCUGCAUUGUCCUACAGGACACUCAGGCCCUGCACCUGGAGAAGCCGGUGGCCAGGGGGGGCUCCUACGGCCACCAGACAGUGCUGAGAGACCCCUGUGAUGGGACGCUAGUGCUCUUCGUCAGUGACUAGAAGUGGUUCCAGGAUCAGAAGGAUGAGUCGCAGAGACACAGGGUCCUGGACAGAGUCCAGGAGCAGCUGAAGGGCUAUCAGUACAACUAGAAGCCGGUGGCCAGCGUACAGGUCCACAGGCUGGGCCACGGGGCGCUCACUGUCCAGCUGGUCACCAGGCACCAGAGUGUCACUUUCCAUGUGCUCCCUGCCUUUGACGCACUAGGCUCCAGGGAGAGGCCCAUCCCAGAGACCUACAGAGCCCUCAAGAGCUGCUUGGACAAGACAGGAGCCAAGCCAGGGGAGUUCUCCGCCUGCUUCAUGGAGCUGCAGCACAAGUUCUUUGACGCCUUCCCCAGAAAGCUGAGGGAUCUGAUGCUGUUGCUCAAGCGCUGGUGUUGGCAGUGCCAGGGAAAGCUGCCUGCCUCCUCACCACCUCUGUAUGCUCUGGAGCUGUUGACAGCCUACGCCUGGGAGCAGGGGUGCAGCGAGGAGAACUUUGACAUGGCUGAGGGUAUCAGGACCGUCCUGGGGCUGAUCAGGCAACAGGAGCAGCUGUGUAUCUACUGGACCAUCAACUAUGACUUCAAGGACGAGACCGUCCGAAACGUGCUUCUGAACCAGCUGCGCUUGAGCCCGAAGCCAGUGAUCCUGGAUCCAAUUGACCCCACCAAUAAUGUGAGUAAAGAUACAGUGUACUGGCAGAUGCUGAAACAGGAAGCUCAGUACUGGUUGUCUGCUCUCCAUGUGAACGGAUCACCUGGGCCAUCCUGGAAUGUUCUGCCAGUGCCGCCACUCUUCAUGACCCCUGGCCAUCUGCUAGAUAAAUUCAUCACGGACUUUCUCCAGCCCAACAAGACCUUCCUAGAGCAAGUCACAAAAGCAAUUGAUAUCAUCUCUGAAUUUCUUAAAAGAAACUGCUUCCGGAAUUCAACUACAAAGAUUCAGAAGAUUAUCAAGGGGGGCUCUUCUGGCAAAGGUACAGCCCUGAAGAAUGGCUCUGAUGCUGACCUCGUAGUGUUCCCCACCCCCAUCAAAAGCUACACCUCCCAGAAGAAUGACAGGAGUGACAUCAUCAAUGAAAUCCGCAAACAGUUGGAGACCUGCCCGCAGGUGAAGGAGAAGAAGCUGCAGGUGGCCUUUGAGGUGUCCAAGUGGAAGGCCCCCCACAUGCUAAGCUUCUCCCUCAAGUCCCAAGAGUUCAAGGAGAGUGUGGACUUUGACGUGUUGCCUGCUUUCGAUGCUCUAGGUCCACUGACAUCUGGUGGUUGUGGGCCCAGACCCAAGGUCUACACUGAGCUCAUCUGUCUGUAUCAAUCCCUCCCGGGAGAAUUUUCUACCUGUUUCACAGAGCUUCAGCGUGACUUCAUUAGCUCCCGGCCCACCAAGCUCAAGGAUCUGAUCCGCCUGGUCAAGUACUGGUACAAGCAGUGUGAAAGGAAACUGAGGCAGAAGGUGUCACUGCCCCCCAAGUACGCCCGGGAGCUGCUCACCAUCUAUGCCUGGGAGCAGGGCAGCGGGGCACAGGACUUCGACACCGCAGAAGGCUUCCGGGCCGUGCUGGACCUGGUCACCCAGUACCAGCAGCUCUGCGUCUUCUGGACGGUAAAUUACAGCUUCGAGGCUGAGCCCAUGAGAAGCUUCCUGCUGGCUCAGAUCCAGAAAUGCAGGCCGGUCAUCUUGGACCCAGCUGAACCCACUGGUGCUGCGGGCAGAGGGAACCACUGGUGCUGGCACCUUCUGGCCAGAGAAGCCAAGGAGUGGCUGGACAACUCUUCCUGCUUCACAGAUGGGGCUGGGAGGCCAGUACGAGCAUGGAAAGUGCCAACGGUACAAACACCAGGAAGCUGUGGGAUCGGGAUCCAGCCUGUUAUCAGUGGCAUGUUCUCUUUGCGAAGCCAAGACCCCUGAAAUGACUAAUGCUAGAACAAACUUCUAGAAGUCCUUCGGCGGGUGGCUACUGAAAGCCAGUUCACCAUGUAAAUAAGGAACCUGGGUCCCGGCAUGCCCCCCCCUUGCUUCCGGGCUCCUCAGUCCCUGCCACCCCAACCCCCACCCCCAGUCUGCUUCAUACUGAACUCACCUGCAUGUGACCUAAUAAAACAAUUUGCUCUCAC